CACCUGUGGAUGCUAAUAGUAUAAGUCUAAUUUUAUCUCCAAACAAAAGUAGAAAUCUAAUUAUAUGCUACCUUCUGCAGCGUAGGCAUUACUUUCUAUCAGUCUGAACGACUUACUCCUCUAAAACCAGAUCUUCUUCCCAGCGUAAACGAGUUAUGCCUCUCAAACCAGAUCUCUUCUCAUGAAAGCAGUUGGUCCUGCUAUUUCUUUGCACUCGCUGUCUUCAGCAGGUUCGUAAGAUACAAAGGGAGAUAGACUGUCCUGCGUGUGCUGAAAUUGAACAAUCUUGAGGCUUCUUCCACAGAGCAUGGUCUUGAAGAGUUGUGUUUGAUCUUCUUUUUUCAGGUGUACUUUAUGGCAGGAACAGUAGCUACAUGUGCGGGUUCAAGUGGAGGAUCCCAACCUCCACGAGAUCCCCAUAGAGUGCCCUCUUCGUGUGAGUCAGCUUCAGAAACACAGAAAACAAAACGAAAAGGAAGAGGCUCAGCCAAGGGAAACAACAUUAUGUUAGCCGUAGCUAAAGAUGGAAAGAUCAAAGUUCAAUUUGAUUCGGCAAGGAAAACAUGGAAGGCAAUAGGGCCAAAAGCUUCUUGGUGGUCAAGCGCAAUAGGGAUACACACCCGGGACUGUUGUGAUCCGUUCUACGAUAAGUGGGACGAUGUUCCGGCCUGUCAAAAAGCUAUGAUUCGACAUAGAAUGUUGGACUGGUUUGAGUGCGAUAAUGACAAGCUUUUUGAUGAAGUAUUGAUUCGAGAUGCUCGAGAGUGCUAUAACGAUUGGAAAAGUGAUUUAUCUGUGUAUUUCAAGAACAAUGGAGGAGUGCAAGCUAAACGACCUAUACGUGUACGAAGUGAUGAUCAAUGGCAGAAGUGUUGUGAGAGAUUCAAUUCUACGAAGUUCAAGGAAAUUUCAUUGAAAAACCUCAAAAAUAGAGAAGCAAGUGAUGAUAAAAGUGGGCAUGGGAGAAAAUCAUAUGCCCAAUACAUGCACGAAAAAGAUGAUCCAGAAACUGGUGAGUCGUACUCAGCUCUUGAAAAUUGGAAAGAUCAACGUUUGACUCGUAGUGGCGAAUGGAGAACUAAAGAAGCACAUGAAAAAUAUACACAAAUGAGCGAGGAGUACCAGACACAGCUAGGACAAGCAGGGUCAUCAUCUUCAAUAAAUGAGAUUGAUAUUAUGAAUCGGAACUUGAAAAGACAUCGUGGACGCCAAAGCGGAGUGGGUCCUACCCUAUCAAAGGGUGCAUCUCGACGAAUGGAAGAUAGUGUUACUUCAACGUUCCAAGACCAUCGUGAUGUUCAAAUAAGUGAAUUGAAAGCAAAUCAGGAGUUGAUGCAAGCAAAUCAGGAGUUGAUGCUCCGUGCCCUACAACAAUUUAUUCCUGGCUUUCAACUUCCUUCACGGAGCUCCGCAAAUGAAGUUCAUUCGACAUCAAGUGCUAACCAGCCUUAUCAGAGUUUCAAUGAAGAUGAUCAAGAUUGAUAAUAUCGAGUUGAAUAUGCUUUUUACUUGGUUAAGAUGAACAUGGGUUUAUUUAUGUUUACAUUUUGUGAUGUUUGUAAUGGAUUAAUGAAACUUCGUUGUACACUUUUACUAUGACAUUGAAUGAAUUUGUGUUGUUGACAUUAAUGGCGUUUUAACAGAUUUUGGCAACAUUUGUUAUUAAUAAAAGUUUUUGUAUGAAUAACAAUAGAUAAUGUGAUGUUAUUUCAGACCUGU